GUGUAUACACUGUUGCAUUGUGGGAGAAAUGAUUGACAUAGCAGCCAUUUUCCCGCUGUACGUUUGUUCCCAUUGUGGAUACGAGGAAGAAAAUACUGACACGGCCAGACAAGCUAAACAUUUCUCACAUCCUUUUUAACCUCUUUUGGUGUAGGUAAUUUGUAGGAGCCAUGGCCCGUACCAAGCAGACAGCCCGUAAAUCUACUGGAGGCAAAGCACCACGUAAGCAGCUGGCCACCAAAGCUGCCCGCAAGAGUGCCCCUUCUACUGGUGGGGUCAAGAAACCCCAUCGCUACAGGCCUGGUACGGUGGCCCUGCGUGAGAUCCGUCGUUACCAGAAGUCCACUGAGCUGCUGAUCCGCAAGCUGCCCUUCCAGCGCUUGGUGAGAGAAAUCGCCCAGGACUUCAAGACUGACCUGCGUUUCCAGAGUGCAGCCAUUGGAGCCCUGCAGGAGGCCAGCGAGGCUUACCUGGUUGGUCUGUUUGAGGACACCAACCUGUGCGCUAUCCAUGCCAAGCGUGUCACCAUCAUGCCCAAAGACAUCCAGCUGGCCCGUCGUAUCCGUGGGGAGCGCGCUUAAAUGCCUCUUUAAUUUACCUCUCCUCCAGUCUGUCUUCCCCCUCCCCUACCUGCCCUCUCCUCUUAUGUUGGUAGUGAUUUAGAGAAACAAUGAUUAUGAUAAGAAUAACGUGUAUAGUGGUGUUUUCUUAGUACUCUCGGCAGCAGACUAUUAUAGGGUACUCUUUUGUGCAUGUACCUGCUUGUUGCUGGUCAGAUCUCCCACCACCACACCAUCAAAUCAGAUGUUCCAUUGAUAUGAUGCCGUGUGGAGAGAUCAGAUAAAACAGAAGACAGGGAAUCUGAGACAGGUAGUGGUCACAGGAGGAUGGGGUUAUGUUUUUGUCUUCAGUGGGGAGUACCUCAUUCUCUGCAGGGUGCUACAACAACUGCCCCAGUCCCCUUCCUCCUUCCCAACUCUGCCAGUAAAAUAAAGACUGAGCUGGUGUCUUUCAUGGGAACGCAUGAAUGAGAGUACAGCGCCCCCCCCCCCCCCCCCUCUUUGUGUGUGAGUGUGUAGAUUCUGAUCAGCACAGCAAAUUGUAUACAAUUCAAAAAAAAUCUCUGGAACAAUGGUUUAUUCUUACAAUAUUGAUCGUGAUGAUCAUGGUUAUUUACAUCAUUGAGCAGAUGCACUUCUUCAGAGUGACUAACAGUAGUGCAUACAUUUCCAUACUUUCUCCUGACUGGUCCCCUGUGGGAACUGAACCCACAACCCUGGUGUUGCAAGCACCAUGCUCUAUCAACUGAGCCACAUGGGACCGGUUGUCAAUUUUAUUUAAACAUUUUUUUUGCUUACGCACAUUUUUCAUAGUGGAAAUAAUAUUUGUGAAUGAAAUGGAGAUGGGGAUUCUAAUUAAAUUUUGUACAGAAAACAACAUUGAUGUAAGCUUAUUUUGGCUGUCAAAGGGGAUCCUUGAUGGUUCAUUCUCAUUUCAUUUCCCCUUUACCUGAUUGACACUGUUUUCCCUUUGUCUUUGAAUUCUCAAAUUUGGUUUCAGUGAUAAAUAAUUGGAGCCAGCAUUUUAAGGCUUUUUUAAACAAAUAGUGAAUCCAGUGAUAUUCUUUGUGAUCGCUCCUGAGGGGCCUUGUUGUGAGGGUAAUGGAGCUUGGUGGUCAAUGCUCUCUUGCAAACCAAAAAUAGUGUAAUUGGUAAAGUGAUCAUUUAUGUUAAUGUUAUGGGAGCUAUAAAUGGGAUGGUCAGAGAUAUUUAGACCUCCCCCUUCACUUCGCUCCAGAUUCUACAUUUGUGUAAUGUUUCUCAGGUUGAUGUGUCACCCUUUUAACUUAAAUCAUUUUUAUUUCUUAAUUUGAAUUUGAAAUGUUAAGAUGCUGAAAUAAAACAAUGUUUGUAAUUUCCAGAUUUCUCAUAUAAGGUGGUAAAUGGAUGUUACACACACACAGA